AUACUACAUACACCGUACAUAUACUCUAUAUUAUCUACAAAUACUACACUCCUAUGAAUUUUAGUUAAUACGGAGUACAAGUUAAGAUAUUAAGUACUACCAAACAUUUUACUCUUUAGUACUCCGUACUAUACUAACAAUACCAUAAGUAGUAGCUGUGAUAGGAUUAACAUCUAAAUUGCCGGAGCAAACAACGACUUGAUCGAUCAAAUAAAAGUUCUAUUUUUGAGAACUUGUUUCAAGUACAAGGUGAGUGCCGCCGCCCGUAUAACAAUUGUUACUUAAUAUAAUACGUUAAUAUAUGCUAUAUUUGUUAUAUAUUCAAUUGAUUUAAUUUCCGUCACUAAUAAUCGGGAAAACUGCCGACUUUUACUUUAAACAUGUGUUACGUCCAAAUUGUCUAAAAUAUUUCCCAAAAGGAUUAUAUAAAGAUUAUAUAAGGGUAUGCGAAGAGAAAAAAAGGUUUUGAAACAAAUUUUUGAAUACCGUUAAAGAAGGCAACCGGAAAAUGGGUCACGAUAGCGGCAUACAAUUUGUACAAAUCUUUACGUCAAAACUAUUUAUAUAUGUUUUAUAAAAAGUAUUUUGAUGAUAAAAAGAAGAAAAAUUAGGUUUUAAACAUAAAAACAAAGUUACCUCGUCGGAGAAGGUCACAGGAAACGACCAACUCCAAGUGACAAGAUCCUUUUACAUUCUAUGCCUAAAACUAUUUCUCUACAUGCUAAGGAAGUUUUUAAUAAGUUUUGAGUAAGAAAAAAAAGAUAGCUUUGAAGCAAAUAUAAAAUACUCUAUGUAUUAUUUUUAAAUUACGUAUAUAGAGUAAAAUAUAAUAUGUGUUAAAUUUGAAAUAUGGAUUCAAAGAAGUUAAUGAAACACAUACAGAUACAAAUUAUAUUUUCUAAAAUUAUCAAACGAUUUCUAGUAUGUGAACUACGGUUCACAAGGUUCCACAGGGUUAACCAGUACCCCUCAAUUGCCGUACGUACGAGCUCGUCAUAAUGGACUCGUCUUGUACCCAAAGUACUUGAAGUCCCAGAAAAAAAGAUAAAGAAAACUCCAUAAAUAGGAGUAAAUCAUUAAUCAUAUACUCAAAGUAGGAGUUCCAAACUUAUAUACCCAAAAUAGGAGUAAAAUAAAAAAUAAAUGAAAACUAAAAAUAGAGAUCUACGCACGCCGCCCUUAGCGCAUUGUACGGUCUCCUCAUCUUCUUUGGAUGAUUCAAAUCAGCCUUAUGCGCCUCCACUGUUGCUCCUCACGGCAUAUUUUUUUUUUGAACUAUUGUCCAAUUGACCAAUUCUAUUGAUCUUAAGGUGUGUGAAGCACUGAAACACAUACAGUGAAGCAUUCUAGAAGUGCUUUUGAUUUAUAUGAAUAUUACUCUAAUGUGUUUCUACUGUUUGAGCUCGCUGCUUUGAGCGAGGAGUGUGGGGUUAUAUUGCUCAACUAGCUCUGCAAUUGCUUUGAUAUGAUUUGAUUUGAUUUCUUCCUGAUCAAGUUGUUGAGAUUUGUUGUUUGUUGAAUUGGGAAAUCGGAAGUGAGAGUUCAAUUGAUUUCAUCAAUGAGGGUUUGUUCGUCUGGGUUUAAUCCUCAGACCGAGGAAGUCCCGGGUAUGCUGGCCGAUUUCUGCUUCAAUACUACUUGAUUAGUGAUCUGGGCACAACGGCAGCUGAAAAAUUCAAUUGGUGUAGUUUGAAGCGGCUGAUGGUGGCAAUGACGGAGAAUAAAGGGACCGACAUCAAUGAUGGUAGAGGCAUUGUGUUAGCAGUGGUAAAGGCGCAAUAUCAGCGGCGGUAGGGGCGUGGCAGCGGUUGGGGUGUUGGCGUUGCCGACGGCGGCAUGGCACAAUUGAGCAGCCAUUGAUGGAAAUUUUGUAUGGUUGAGCAGCAUUGGCAUGACACAAUUGAGCAUGGCAUGAUAAAUUGAGUGGAGAAGAGGGUACUCCUAUUUUAGGGGUUUUAUCUUUUAACUUCUAUUUUGGAAUUUAAUCAAUGUUUUACUCCUAUUUUGCUCCUUUACCCCUCCUCAAUUAAGCUUCAUUCCUCCUCUCGGACACAUUUCCCAAACCUGUAGUUGAGUUUGAAGCUUUAAACUCAAAACUGAAAUUAUCACUCUUUUCUCAAUUGUUUGUCUAACUAGUAGAAUCCAAAUUCGAAACCAAUAACUUCAUGGAUGAGUUUAAUGUUUAUUUUUUUUUUUGCAAUUUAUUGGGACUAACAGAUAAAACUCAUCUAUAAAGAGUAUAAAUCUGUUAAAUUAAAAAAAGUUUGGGUGUGUUGUACGGAGUAUGUUUUCUAUGGCGUCGUCAAGUUGGCUGCUCCUCCUGCUCGCGGCGGUAUUUGCUACUGUUGCGGCGGAUGAUGGCCCGGCGUGCCUCGACAAUGCGGCAAUGCAGAAUCUGAAGGCCAGCCUGGUGUUCCCGACGGAAUCAUACGUCGUCAAAUUAAAAGGCUUGGAAAGUUGGAAUAAGACGAACCCUUGCCGGUGGAACGGGACAUUUUGCGACGCCGCCGGCCGGGUUUGGAAGGUCAACAUCGAGGGUUUCCUCCUCGGAGGCAACCUCACGGCGGCCGGCCUCGGAUCACUCCCCAACCUCCGUGAGCUCUACGCUAAACUCAACCUGUUCACGUCACUCCCGUCUGAUCUCUUCGCUAAUUUGACCAAGUUGGAGGUAGUUUCUCUCGACGAAAUCACUUUACUUUCGCCAUGGAACAUCCCGGAGAGUCUCACGGCGGCUCGGAAUCUUCGGUCUUUCUCCGCCACCAACUCUAACCUACAGGGCACCUUCCCGGGAUUUCUCACCGGGAAAAACUUCCCCUUCUUAAGCUUUCUUGAUCUCUAGGGUCAUAGUUUGUCCGGGCC